AAUCAUAGUAUAUUCAUAUCUGACUAGUCCAUGGUGAUUUGAUUACAUGAUUGCAUGCCAGCACUACAAAGGCAGAAACAGCCACCUGAAUCUGAUUAAUGCUAUUGCUAACUAGCUAGUGAACAAUCUAUCAAAGGGGACCAUAGUAUAAUCUACCUCCCUUAGGACCAACUAAAGAAAGCAUUACAUUUGUAUAUACUAAAAAAUUACUUCCAAGUUAGUUAUCCACCGACGGUUGCAUAACCAAUCUUGCUUAAUGCUAACCAAUCAAAUCAUCGUAUAUGUAUGUAUCUGUCUGCAGGUCCCACCUCGUACUCAGCUAUGGUAUAACAGAACUGCAUGAACUAUUAUAUAAGUAUAUACUUUGCUCAACUUUACUUACUUUUCAUCUAUAUAUAUACUUUGCUCAACUUAGUAAGCUUAUACCAUGUGAAAUAUGAAUCAUGGAAUAUCAAAGAUAUUUCAGCAAACUCUAAUAACUUCCAAAAAGAGUUAACUUCAUUAUACCAUGUGAAAUGCUAUGCUAUAUAUAAAUCAUUUUUUCUUCUCCAUUUACAUAACUUCACUUAUAUACCAUUUUUGCUUAACUUAUUAAGCUUAAUUAUACCAUGUAAAAUCAAACAUGGAAUAUCAAAGAUCCUUUAGCAAUGACUCUAAUGACAUCCGAAAUGAGUCAACUACUACUACUACACGUACUCUUUCUUCGCAACACAGCCUCGCAUCAGUUCCUUCCCUCAACUCAUCAAAUUCGCAACAACAUCAUAAUUCUUCCUUCACAUGUAUCACAACUCUCAAACUCCAAACUUACAUAUCCUCUUUAACCCUUGCAGGAAAAUUCCUCUACACUGGUUCAUCUAACAAAGAAAUCACGUCAUGGAACCUUUCUGAUUUUCAUUCUCAUCCUGAACAAUCGAUUACUAACACAUUAGAAUCCGGAAACGGUGCUGUGAAAUCCAUACUUGUUCAUUCUGACAAGCUUUUCACAGCUCACCAAGACAACAGAAUCCGCGUUUGGAAAAUCACUGUUAACGAUAAGAAUGAAUAUCGACAACAAAAGUUUACUCAUUUAGCCACACUCCCAACAUUCAUCGACCGUUUCUCAAAAAUAUUGAUCCCAAAAAACCAUGUUAAGAUUCGAAGGCACAAAAAAUGUACAUGGGUUCACCAUGUUGAUACAGUUUCUUCCCUUGCCUUAUCCAAAGACGGAACCUUGUUGUAUUCUGUUUCAUGGGACAGAACAAUCAAGGUUUGGAAAACUAAUGACUUCACAUGUUUAGAAUCAGUUCACAAUGCACACGACGAUGCAAUAAACGCAAUCACAGUUUCUAACGAUGGAUAUGUUUACACCGGAUCAGCAGAUAAAAAAAUCAAGGUUUGGAAGAAAGAAAACGGUGAGAAGAAACAUUCAUUGGUUGAUACAUUGGAGAAACAUAAAUCUGGUAUUAAUGCAUUGGCUCUUAACAAUGAUGGUUCUGUUUUAUAUUCUGGUGCAUGUGAUAGAUCAAUAUUGGUAUCUGAGAAAGAUGAAAAUGGUAACUUGGUUGUGAUAGGUGCUCUUCGCGGUCACACAAAGUCUAUAUUGUGUUUGGCUGUGGUUUCUGAUUUGGUUUGCAGUGGUUCUGAGGAUAAGACAAUUCGAAUUUGGAGAGGUAAUAAUGUUGUUAGAGAGUAUUGUUGUUUGAGUGUUUUAGAAGGGCAUAAAGGUCCAAUUAAGUGUCUAACUGCUGUGCUUGAUCAUUUUCAUGACCAAUCAUCAGAAACAUCUUUUCUUAUCUAUAGUGGUAGUUUGGACUGUGAUAUUAAGGUUUGGCAUGUUUUCGUUCCUCUUUUAUAAUAAACUGUAUAUAUCUAAUUAAACGCCUUCUAAGUUCGAAAGGUUUGACUGAAACAAUCACUAGUCAGAUUUUACUUACCUCUUGUCCGAACUUUGAAUUAC